AAGUCCAGCUGGGUUUAGUUGACUUCGUCAAUUGUCGUGGAUUGUUUUCAUUUUCUGCUUGUAUUUUGGUGGAUUUCUCCAAAAAAUCCUAAAAAUUCUAGGAAGAAUCUCAGCAAGUUUGGCUUUCCCAUUGAAAUUUGGUGAGAAAAAUCGAUCAGUGAAUUGAUUGUAGUGACAAGAGGAGAUUUGACACUGGGAGGAAGGAAAAGGACAUCCACCUUAUUGAUCGUCUUGAUGGAAUGCGCAUGGUUUGUGCGAGAAAAUAGAGAGAGAGGCGCACUAACGUGAAAAAUCACAUCUCGCCAGUCGACAUUGCAUUUUUCGUUGAAUCUCUGUGGGGGAGUAUAAAAGGGUACAUCCCAGGUGCAUCGUGGAGAUAGCUGUUGUGAGGCUGGAAGGAUAUUUGAAAAGGGACAUCAGUGUGCAAUUGAGUGUUGAGCAGUGAAGAAGUCUCUUGAAAAAAAAAAACCCAAAAGACCCAAAGUCUCGUUUACGAAGGAGGUAACACUGAGGGAAAAGUGCUGCAAGUGGCUACAAGAUGUUCUCAGGCUUGACCAACCAAGUGACUUCGUGGGUGGGUGGGAAGAAGGGAGAACAGGAAGAAGGUGCACUGCCAGCUGCCCAGGAGGCUCCAGCUGCGCCAGAGGGUCAACCUCAGCCAGUUGAAUCUGCUGUGCCUGUUGCAGAAGAUGCUGGACAGAGUCCUACGAAGGCCGGUGGCGGGAUGUUUUCGAAUGUGAAGAGUCAGAUGACGGGAUGGCUGGGAAAUGCUUCAAUACCGUCAAUGCCAACCGUCUCAAUGCCGUCAAUGCCAACAAUUCCGGGCUUCAGUAAAAAGAAUGCCGAGUCCGAGGAGGGUGCUGCUGCCGAAGUAACCGGAGAGGCUACCAAGGAGGCCGAGGGCGGAGCUGUAGCGGAGGCAACUGAAGCGGCAGCGGUGGAUGAUGAAGAUAAAUCUAGGUAUAUUAGCGCAACAGAGGGUGCAGAUUCAAAGCCUGGAUCGGGGCCAACAACUCCACAGGAUGAUCAGGCGGGACAAAUUGGGCAAGUGACAACAAAAGUGACUCAAGGGGUUAAGAGUUUUGGCUCAUUCCUCUACUCAUCGGUUAACAAGGCUGGGGCCAAGAUUAAAGAGACCGUUAAGGAUAAUCAGAGCAUUUUGGGAGACUUCACGAAGGAACAGGAGGCCUUCAUGAAGGAGAAUGCUGGAAAAGGUGGCUCUGGUCAGCCUCCAUGGGUCGGUAUUGCCAAUGGUGAGAAAGUGAAGGAGGAGAUCAUCUGUCUGUCCUCGGACAGGCGUAACUUUGUCCGCGCUCCACCAGCCGGUGUGGACUUCCAGUUUGACUAUGAUGUCUCAUACACUGUAGCUCAGGCCAUAAUGGCUGAGGAUCCGGCGCUCGAGAAGAUGCGCUUCGAUCUGGUGCCCAAAAUAAUCACAGAGGAAAAUUUCUGGCGCAACUAUUUCUACCGCGUCUCGCUUAUUUGCCAAGCAGCCGAACUGGGGACUCUGGGGACGGAGUCUGGGGUGGGUCAGGGAUCACCUGAGGAGUAAGCAUUUGGGGGGGAUGAGGAGGAGGUAUCCAUUGCAGGAGACAGAGAAUUAGAGAGGGGUCAAGGUAAGUUUGCCUAUUUUCUAUCUACCUCCAUCUCAAUUUUACGAAAUUUUCUGCUAUUUAUUUUCUUGCUGCUCAGGAUAAAUAAACGUGAGAUAUUUAGGAAAAAAAAAAUAUAUAUAUAUAUAUUUAUUCAUUUGGAUCCAAACACCAAAAAGAGAAAAAAAAAUCCUAAACUUAGGUGAAUAGUUAUAUUUACAGAAAAAAAAAAUUGCAUUUGAAGAAAAAAAAACUAUUUGAGCAUAAACUUUUGUGUCAUUUGAAGUUCGUUUUGAAAAUAUAUAAACAAGAAGGUGAAAAAGAAAGAGGAGAAGCUCGAAAGGAAGAAUAUUUAUCAGGAGAAAAGGCGGGAAACACUUUUAGUGAGUGAAGAGUUACUUAAAAAGGAAGAAAUAUAAAACAUAGUAAAAUUUAUUAAGUGACUAAAAAUAAAAAGAAAAACAGACAAGUAAAUAAAAAAAACUGAUUCAUAUAAUUAUACAAAUAUAAUACAUGAUUGACAUGAGAUAUCCUGUUGUAUACAUUUGUAUAUUAUAUGAUGUUACAAUUAAAAAAAAAUCAGAUAAACAAUUAAAAUUAAUUACAUGUAAUAUUCUAUAUCUAUUAAAUUGCAUUACAGACAACAAUGUAAAUUGUAGGGAGAUAAUUUGUAGAGCCAUGAUUCGAGGACAAAUGGAUGGGUCGCGAGGGGGAUGACGAGGAAGAAGUAUUUGAACAAGAGGAACUAAAAGUAUCUCCUCUCCCUCCAAUAUCCAAUUUCUCGUUUCUCGACGCGAGAUGGAAAAUCAGUUAAGAAUAGUAACAAUAAAUAGAUGAAUUUAAGACAAUUCAAGUCACUCUCAAUUGAGAAAAUCAUUCACAAAUAAAUUGGGAAUCAUAAAAUAGAAAAUCUAUCAAUGUGGAAAUGAAACAAGUUGAUUAAUUACAACAAAAAAAAGAGCUCUUUGACAAAUAAUUUAUUUCGCAGUUUCAUCAUUCUUUUAUUUCUAACAAAAUAUAAAAAGAAAUAAAAGAAUAUGUCCAUAAAUGCUUGUGUAAAUAAUAAUAAAAAAAAAUGAAUGGUUGAAAGGGAGUUGCUUGAAUUGAUGAAGAUGCACUUUUUAAGGAUGACAUUCAAAACGCGCCUAUUUGAACAGCGAAUUUUUUUUCUGUAUCUAGAAAAAUUGCUUAUGUAAGUUAAUAUGAGGGAGAAAUGUGAGAGAAAAAGCGUGGAAAAUAUAGGAGAUUCAUCAACUUGUUUCAUUGCGGUCAUUACAUUUUUUUCUGCCCCGAAAAAAAAAAAACAGCACAGCGGAUGGAAAAUGACGUUUAUGUAAUUUUAGUCGCGGUAAUAUUGCAAUAGUCAUUAAAAUAAUCUCUUUGAAUAAUAACUGAAGAAUUUUCUAAAGUCACCAAGGGAAAGAUUUCACAGAUUUUUAAAGAUUUCUGAUUGGUUAGAGCUUUGAAUGCUGUGAAAGCUUUAAAGCUCUAGCCAAUUAGUAAACGCAAUGUUACUUAAAUAUUUUAUCCCGUUUAAUAUUUUAGACUCAUUGCGUUCUUUGAUUAGUCAGAAAGCUUGAAAGCUAACAAAGCUUUGAGCUUUAAGCUUUAGCCAAUCAGAGAUCAAACUGACACUAAGAUAUUCAAACCCAUAAAAUAUUUCAGAUCCAUCGCACUCUCUGAUUGGAUAGAGCUUUGAAUGCUUUGAAAGCUUUAAAGCUCUAGUCAAUCGCGAUGGGACUAAAAUAAGCCAUCUUAAAUAUUUUAAGUCCAUUACGUUCUGUGGGAAGUUAACAAAGCUUUCAAUGCUUUGAAACUUUUAAGCUCUAGCCAAUCAGGUACGCAAUGAGACUAAAAUAUUUAAUCCCAUCAAUUAUUUAUUUUAAAUCCAUUGCGUUUCCUGAUUUGAUAAAGCUUUGAAUGCUUUAAAAGCUUUAAAGCUCUAGCCAAUCAGGACACGCGAUGUUACUUUAAUAUUUUAUCCCGGUAAAUAUUUUAGGCCCAUUGCGUUCUGUGAUUAGCUGGAAAGCUUGAAAGCUAACAAAGCUUUGAGUUUUAAGCUUUAGCCAAUCAGAGAUCAAAGUGAGACUAAAAUAUUUAAAGUUAUCAAAUAUAAACUACCACGUUCUGUGAUUGGAUAGAGCUUUGAAUGCUUUGAAAGCUUUAAAGCUCUCGUCAACUAGGAAAUGCAAUGAAACUAAAAUAUUCCAUCUCAUCAAAUAUGUUAGGUACAUUACGUUCUAUGAUAAGCUAGAAAGCUAGGAAGUUUACAAAGCUUUCAAUGCUUUGAAACUUUUAAGCUCUGAGACGCAAUGAGACUAACAUAUCCCAUCUUAUCAAAUAUUUGAAGUUGAUUACGUUUUAUGGUAAGCUUGAAAGCUUAAAAGCUAACGAAGCUUUGAAAGUUUUAACGCUCUGGCUAUUCAGAAAACACGACAUGACUUAAAUAUUUUAGUUCUAUUGCGUUCUCUGAUAAUAUAAAAGCUUGAAGCUAACGAAGCUUUGAAAGCUUUUAAGCUUUAAAGCUCUAGUUAAUUAGAACAUGCGAUGGGACUAAAAUAUUUAAACCCAUCAAAUGAUUUGGUUUAUUCGCGUUCCCUGAUUGGUUAGAGCUUUGAAUACUAUGAAACCUUUAGAGCUCUGGCCAAUCAAGAACCCAAUAUUUAAAAUAAUAUAUUAAAAUAUUGCAUUCCAUUAAGUAUUUUACAUCCAUUGAAUUCUCUGAUUGGACAGAGCUUUGAAUGCAUAGGAAGCUUUAAAGUUUUAGUCUAGCUUUGAAAGCUUUUAAGAUCUAGCCAAUUAGAAAAUACGAUGAGACUAAAAUGUUCAAUCCUGUCAAAGGCUUCAGUCCAAUCGCGUUCUCUGAUUGGGUAUGGCUUUGAUUGUUUUAAAAGCUUUGAAAGCUCUAAAGCUGACUCAAUGAGGUAACACAUUGGAAAUGAAAUAUUCCAUCUUUUCAAAUAUUUUAGGCAAAUCGAGUUUUCUGAUUAUCUAAAAAACUGGAAAGCUAUUUGAGCUUUUAAAGCUUUUAAGCUGUAUCCAGUAACGAAUUUCAUGGGACAAAAAAUAUUUUUAAGAGCUUCGCUUUCUCUCAUUGGCCAAAGAUUUCAAUUAUUUCCAAUUUUAGUUUAAAUUUUCGAUUCGUUUCGAACGGUAGCAGUUGAGUGUUUUCAGUUUUUUAUUGUUUAAAUUUUUAAGAUUUAAAUGCAAAGUUUUAUUUUGGAAAUUUCAAAAUUAGAGUUAGAUUUCGAAUGUACAACUUGAAAGCUUGAUUAAAGCUUGAUUUAGAAGCUCAAACUUCAAAGCUGACUUUGGAAAUCUCAUAUUCAAAUUUGGAUUUUGAAGAUUCAAUAUCCACUUUAAAGUUUACUUCAGGAGAUCCAAGUUUAAAGCUUCAAUUUGGAGGAUUCAACUCUAAAGCUUUAUUUUGGAACUUUAGAUUGCAAAACUAUUUUUUAUGGCUUCAGCUCAGCUUUUAGAUCAAGAAAAUUUCAUAAAAUCUAAAUUCACAUCACUUUUUCUUAAAAAUUUCGUCUAUGUAUAUCUUAUUCUAUCGCACUCUUCUUCUUUUUAACGUCACACCAAAUUAAAUUUAGUUCAGUUCAAUUUUGAGCCCGAAAGUGUGGGAUAGACUUAGGCAAAUCUUUUGAUAAAGAGAAGGAUGCGAAUUUUGAUUUCAUGAAAUUGUAUCGAUCUAAAAAGUGUGCCGGAGGCAUUAGGUCUAAAUUUGAAUUUGGAUUUCGGUAAAAUUUCAUGAAAUCAAAAUUCGUGUACUUUUCUUUCUCAAAAGAUCUAUAUAAGUCUAUCUCAUUCUUUCAGUCUCAAAUUUGGACUGAACUAAAUUGAAUUUGGUGUGAUGUUCAAAAGAAGAAGAAGAGUGCAAAAGAGUGAGAUAAACGUAUGCCAAACUUUUAAGAAAGACACGGAUGUAAAUUUUGACUUCGUGAAAUAUUUCUGAUUUAAAAGCGUGCCUGUGCCAUAAGCUACCAAAUUCUUAAGGUUUAAGGCAUAAAAGCUCGAAUAGGAUGGUCUAAUUUUAAAGCUUAAAUUUGGGGUUAUCAAAUUCAAAGCUUGAUUCAGAAUUUCCAACUGCGAAGCUUAACUUUAGAAGUUUCGACUUCAAAUCUGGAUUUCAGAUGUCCAACUUGCAAGCUUAACUUAGACAGUCAAAUUUUGAUUUAAAUGGCCUAACUCAAAUUGUAUCAUUGUUUAUAAUUUAUUUUUGUGGUUCGCCGCAAUAUAACCUUACAUUCCAAAAAGAUCUCUUUACUGCAUAAGAAAAUGAUGUCUUAUGCAUUUUUUAAGAGCAAUAAGUUCUCCAAAGGACAUCUUUUGAUGAAAUAAUUUAGUUCCGAUUAACUUUUUAACCUCAAAAGUUUAAAGUUAGUAGAAAGCUCUUGAAUAACGAUUUUGAUAUCUUAGUAGUUCUCUUUUAAAUCGAAAUUGAAAUAGUAUUAUUUUUCGUGAAUUAGGAUGGGAUUCAAAUUUGAGGCACUGGAAGGAUUUUUUUAAAACUAAAACGCAAAAAAGUUAUUUUAGAGUUUGAGGUUAUGUGCAAUUUAACCUCGAGAGAAAUUUACCCUAUUUUUGAGGUUAGGAAUUUCAAAUGAGUUUUUCGUCCUGGAUAAUUUAUUGGUUAAAAAUUCUUUGAAAGGGCAGAUUUGAGAGGUUUUGGCAAGGGAUUUUUUAAGGUUAGAUUCCCUAUUUUUGAAGGUUAUUUAAGAGUUCUAUCACAUGAAAAUGUUUCAUUUAGUGACUUUGAGAAAAUUCCUCAGCGAAAGAAGGAUCUAUGAACAAGUGUAUCUCAUUUGCUUAUACCAAAAAAAAGGCAAUUCUAAAAAACAAAUGAAAAUAAAUUAUUUUGUAGCGAAAAAAAAAUAUAAACACUAGUUAGAAUGUCAAUGAAAAUUAAAAAAAAAAAAUGUUAAAUAAAAAUUAUUCAUUGAUUAAGUAAGGGUGAAAGAAAAAAUGAGGAAAAUUGAAUAAGAAAUUCUUCUAUUGCACACAAUCUUUCAUGCUUCCUUCUUCGAGAGAAACCUCUAACCUAAAAAAAAAGAGAAAGACAAAGAAAUGGGUUACAAGAAUUUCUGUAAAAUACCAAGAAAAAAAAACUUUGUGUCGUUCUUUACUUUUCUUAUAAAAACAAGCAAUUGAUGUUUGCUAAGCAACUCUUAAAAAAGCAAAAUGAAAAAAAGUCUAAAAUAAAUUCUGUCAAUAAUAUUGCAUAUUGUGGUUGGGAUGAUGGGAAUGACGAAGAAGAAAGAAUAAAUAUUGGAAAUUCUACUCCAAUAUCACAAAUUUAUCAUUUUAGAAGUUUUGAAAAAUAACAAAAAACAAUUGUUUUAAUAAAAAAAAACUUUAUUGAAGACGUGAAUCAAUCAUAAAAUUCACGAGCCCGAGAGUGAAGAUACAAAUUUUAUCAGCUUUUUAAAUAAAACGUGAAAACAAUGUACAGUGAUGCUGAUUUUCACAAACAGGAUAAAUUGCUGGUUACAUGGAAAUAAACAUAAACAAUAAAUUAAUAAACACAACAAGUUAAGAAGAUUAAACAAAUCACAAUGGAAAAAAAUAUAGAACAGUGCUCUGUGAAUGUCAAAGAAAAAUCUAUUAAUGUCUUUAAAAAUUCAUUAUAUCGUAUAAAAAAAUGAAAGGAAAUCUAUACCAAAAAAAAUCAUAAUGAAAAAUGUGUAACAAAUAUUCUCUUAAGAUUAAAGUGAAAAAAGCAUUCCAUUCUUUAUACGUAUCGUAAGGACAUAAAAGAACCUUAUUAUUAUUAUUAUUUUCUGAGGAAAUUACGGCGGAUAUUACGUAUAUGCUUCUAUCUGAUUCGUUAAAAAAUUGAAAAUCCAAAAAAAAAUCGGUUAAAUACCCCAUUUAAAUAUCUCCUUUGUUUCGGUUUGUCGAAAGUUUAAAAGAAUAAAAAAAAAACAUAAAUCUUUCAGUGGGUGUGAAUUACCGAAUUUUAAAAUUCAAAUGUAAAACAAAUGGAAGAAUUAAUGGAAAACUAUAUAAAUAUUAUGUAUAUAAUUACAUGAUUUACAAUAUAAAAAAAAGAAACAUGAGAAAAAAGGAGUUUUAUUAACAGUUAAAAAAAAAUGAGAAUGUAAUUGAGAAAAAAUGUUAUGUUUGAUCAUUAUACCUACUUAUAAAUACAAUUAUGUAUGUAUAUGUUCAAAUGAA